CAGUCACCUGCACCUCCCUCCCUGCUGGGUCCUGCGUGGGGCAGGAGGAGCCGUCUGCCCCCAUUGCUGCUCUCCUCUGCAGGACUCAUGAGGGGGAAGCAGGGAGCCUGACUAUACACACCACCUAUUCACAUGAGAGAGGUGAAGAAAGCCAGCAGUGAAGAUGAAAAGCGACUGGAAAAUUACGGCUUUCUUCUACGUGUGUAGUUUUCUGUGGACUUUCAUCUCAGCCACCAUUCAGCACCAAUCAAGGCUACCAGUCAUUCUGGGUGCCAGUCAGAGAAGUGAUCUCUGCCCGACAAUCAGGAUUGGCCAAGAUGACUUACCAGGCUUUGACCUGAUUUCUCAGUUCCAAAUAGAAAAAGCUGCUUCCCAAGGAAUUAUCCAGAGAGUAGUGGGUUCUACUCCUCUACAAGUGGCUUAUAAAUUGGGACCCAAUGUAGACUUCAGGAUCCCAACCAGUGCCAUAUAUUCCAACGGAUUGCCUGAUGAAUAUUCCUUUCUAACUACUUUUCGGAUGACUGGAGCCACACUUCAGAAAUACUGGACUAUUUGGCAGAUCCAAGACUCUUCAGGAAAAGAGCAAGUUGGAGUGAAUCUUAAUGGUCAAAUUAAAAGUGUUGAGUUUUCUUAUAAAGGAGCAGAUGGAAGUCUCCAAACUGCAUCAUUUUUGCAUUUGCCUUUCUUGUUUGACUCCCAAUGGCACAAGCUUAUGAUAAGUGUGGAAGCAGACAGUAUAACACUUUUUAUUGACUGCAUUAAAAUAGAAUCCUUAAACACAAAACCAAAAGGGAAAAUCAGCAUUGAUGGCUUUGCUGUGCUUGGAAAACUCAAAAAUAAUCCUCAAAUUUCAGUGCCGGAAAUAAGAUACCCAUGUUUAAAGCUUAGUGCUAAGUCAGACAUUAUCAAUGAACACCUUAUACCUCAUGAGACUGUUCUAAUCAUCAUGCCUCUUGCAAGAGUAGGCAGCGAAAUAAUCAUUCUACAUCCUGUGACUGGAUAUAAUGCUGAAAAUAUCCUCUUUGUGAUAGUACUUUGCAAGGAGAGUUGUUUUGGAGAAAAUGACAUUGGGGGUGACAUACG